CCCUCCCACACUGUAGGUCCAACGACAACAGAAUAAGUGUCCCAAAUCCGCAUUGCCCAAAUGAUGUCAGAACAAAAAAUAAAAAAUAAAAAUAAAAAACAGAAUGAAUGAAUGAAAUUAAAAUACUGAAAACAGAGAGAGAAGAAUUAAGAUUUAUCAGAACUGAUCAAAACAAAAGCUUUUGAGAAACACAAAAACAUUUCUGAAAGAGAAAGAGAAAAAGAUAAUACAGGCAAUCUACCAUCUCCGUCCACCGCCGCCGAUCGCCGACAGAUAUGGUUCGUUGAAACGUCUGUCUUAUGAAUUACUUGUUGGGUUUUUUUGAACUGGGUUUUCUCAUACCAUCAUUUUUCUCCCCAAUAAUGGACGCCGUACUUCUGUCGCUCUGAAACUCAAUAUCAUUUUCCCUCCUCAGAGAUCAAAACCCAUCCUUUUACUGGCUCAUGCAGAGAAGUGGUUAAGAGAAGAGAUGCAGCGGCGGGAUCACGAUGAAAUAAUGAAGGCGGUUCAGGAGAGGAGAUUGAAGGGGAAUUUGCAAGUGCAAAAUCAGGUUCAAGCACAGCCUCAGCCUCAGAAAUGCCCUCGCUGUGAUUCUCUCAACACCAAGUUUUGUUAUUACAACAACUAUAGUUUGUCUCAGCCUCGUUAUCUUUGCAAGACCUGUAGAAGGUAUUGGACUCAAGGUGGUACUCUCCGGAACGUCCCCGUCGGUGGCGGUUGUCGGAAGGGUAAACGACCUAAACCCUCUUCCGACAACACAAGGUCGACACAACCGCUACUGCCACCGCCACCACGAUCACCAGUAGUCCAACAAAUUAGUUUAUCGGCUACUCCACAACCCAUAAUCUUCUCCGGUACUCCCAUCAUGACCACAUCGUCGUCCUACUUCAAUCCUGGUGAGGAAGUGGGGUCAUCUUCGAGGUGGGUAAAUUCAUUUGUAUCAUCGCAAAUAGGGCAGUCUCAAAUUCAAGCAUCUGAAAUAAUCUAUGAAAUGAUGGAUCAUCAUCAGUCAGCUGGAAAGGCAGCCGUGAAUAAUUCAUCUUCUCCGGCGGCAGCGUGGCCUGAAACCUACAUCAAUAACAAUUCUAGCAACCCUUUGGCCGCCGUGGGUGACACCAUUGUUUGGACCUCCGGCAACAGCACCACCGCAGUUGACCAAUCUUCUUUGGAUCCAAAUCAGUGGCCCGAUUAUAUGCGGGGAUUUUGUCCGCCUCCAUGACAUGACACAUUUCUAAAGCCGAAGAUACCAAAGAGAUCACAAAUCUGUGGAAUUCGAUUCUUUAUAUUUAAAAAAAAAUGCUGUGAAAAGACCAUACCUUUGAUUUUAUAUAUAUAUAUAUAUAUAUAUAUGCUUUGACUCAUUGGAUUGGUUUGAACUUUGAAAUGACAUAGUGUGUUGAAGAAUCAGGCCAGGUGAUGAAUUUGUAAGAACAGAAGAGGGUAACUAGCUAGCUCUGGAUUUUGUUGUAAAAUUGUGUAUUAAUAUAGGGGGAAACCAAGAAUUCUUAGUUGGGUUAGGUUUGUUGUGUUCAACUUUUUUGGUUUUUGAUUAAAGAGAGAUCAGUAAUUAUGUA